AUGACAACCGAGCCAACGAGCUCGGAUUUUCCGCGCUCCGAGAUAGAGAAGAGCCGGAUAGUCUCGACAAACACCUUUACCAAGGGGGCCAAGGGCACCAAGGCCCAGCUUACCUCGAUGUCGUCACCAGCCUUUGCCAGGACUCUGGCGACGUUCCAAGUCAACGGCGAGCCAACCUACACUGACACAAACGCUUCGAUGGCAACCAAUACCGCCAUUGACAACGUGGGUUUCUACCAUCCGAUGAACUGUCGGGUGAGGAGCAUGGCGUCAACCGAGCAGGAGGUCCAUGCGCUCCUCCUCAAGGGGUUUUCGCCCAACUACCGAGGGGACCCGGGCCUCGCGCGCAACCAGCCGGCAGCGGUACCCGCUGACGAAAACUGCAGCCUCUUUGUCGUCGGCCUCUCGCCCGACCUGACGACCCACGAGCUGCUGUCGGGUAUUCGCAACAUCGGUCGGGUGUACGCCACCCACAUCAACCCGCCUGAUCCGGCGCGUGGACAUCUCUACAGCGCCGCGAAGGUGAUCUUUUUCGAGCGAGAGGCAGCCGAACGGUUCUACACCACCCACGCCUCCACGGGCUUCGCAACCCCACAGCACCCACACCUCCGCGCGCGCGUGACCUGGAACCGGCUCACCUACCAGACCGACGAGGUGCUGCACCGCGGCGCCAGCCCCGACGGCGCGCGCGUGCUGCUCGAGUUCCGCUUCGGCAGCUACCGCUGCCAGGCCGAGGCGGCGCGCAUGGCGCUGAUGAGGGAGUUUAGGGAGGUGGGGGUUGUGUGUGUUUAUGGUGGGUUGCAUCCAUUGCUUGGAUCUUCCGAAUGUUGUGGGCUUGUGUGA